AAAACUUAAAAAAAACACAGCCAUUACUUUUCACUGUUCACACUUUCCUCUUCAAUUCAUCUCUCACCAACACUCUCUCUCCCCCCUUUGAGAUCUCGGAAACCCUAACCCUAAUUUCUCCGAGACCCUUGCCGCGAUCGAUGGCCGUUGCCCCUGGGGUCGCGGCCCGAGCCCUAGCCCUAGCCGUGGCCAUCGUCCUCCUCGCAUCCCGGGCCGCUUCCAACUCCGAGGGCGACGCGCUGUUCGCCCUCCGCCGGAGCCUAUCCGACCCCGACAACGUUCUCGAGAGCUGGGAUCCCACGCUCGUCAACCCUUGUACCUGGUUCCACAUCACCUGCAACCAGGACAACCGCGUCACCAGAGUGGACCUGGGAAAUUCAAAUCUGUCAGGCCAUUUAGUAUCUGAACUUGGAAAGCUUCAACAUUUGCAGUAUCUGGAGCUUUACAAAAACAACAUUCGAGGGACAAUCCCAGCAGAACUUGGUAAUCUAAAGAGCCUGAUUAGCUUGGAUUUGUAUAACAACAACAUUUCAGGGACUAUACCUCCAACAUUAGGCAAACUGAAGUCUUUAGUAUUCUUACGGCUCAAUGAUAAUCAAUUAAGUGGGCCGAUCCCAAGGGAACUUGUUGGAAUUUCCAGUCUCAAAGUUGUAGAUGUCUCAAGCAACGAUCUUUGCGGGACGAUUCCCACCUCUGGGCCUUUUGAACACAUCCCCUUGAACAACUUUGAUAAUAAUCCCCGUUUGGAAGGUCCUGAGUUGCAAGGGCUUGCAACCUAUGAUACAAACUGCUAGACAGUGUACCGGGGGUUGUCAUAACGCUCUGCCGAAUGGCUAGGGAAUAUUUAUGUAUUGGUUUUGGAGUUCAGUCUAGGCCAUUAUGUAAAUCUUACUUUGUAGUUGUCAGCGUCAUAUUUGUAAUGCAGAAAAGACUGCUGCUUGAUGUUGUGCGUGGAUGGCUGGGUGAAUGUUUUCCUUAUACUGCUGCUACCUGGGAUUACAAUAAAAUGUAGACCAAUCUGAUUCUAGAAACUUUUUGAGCAUACAUUGCUGUAUGUCUUAUGGAUGCAGUUGCAGUAGUCCGAGUGUU